AUGUCCUUCAGAAAAAGAAACGCUGUGAUUAGCAGCGCAAGCUCAUCUCAGUCUGCAUCACCGAGAACGGAUAAUGCGCCCAUUCCUGGCGUGAGGCCGUCUCCUCUCGAUGGUCGGCCAACGACUUCUACCGGAACCGCCUCUUUAGAUAGCCUGCUUGCUGGCCAUGCUGGCUUGCCCCUAGGGACCUCGCUUCUCAUCGGAGAGCAUGGCACUACCGAUUUUGCCGGGGUACUUCUGCGUUAUUAUGCUGCCGAGGGCAUGAUCCAGGGGCACCAAGUUCAUGUCCUUGGUAUGCACGAAGGCUGGCGCCACGAUCUUCCCGGCCUCUCCACAGACGAUAAGAAGUCAUCCAGCAAGUCAGAAUCCCCAUCUGAUGAUAAGAUGAAGAUUGCUUGGAGAUAUGAGAGUCUGGCUUCUGGGGGAGCUCCAAGAGACAGAAACGCGGUUCAACGACAAAAUAGUUCUGGAACGGGGGCGAAUUCUAUCUUUUGCCAUUCCUUUGACCUCACCAAAAAACUUGGUCCUGCAGAUGUUAAGGGUCAGAUAGGCUUCCACCCCUCAAUGAGCGUCCCCGGUUUAUCUCGUCCAAAGGACGCAUUGUCACCUUUCAAGCAGUUCAUCAAGGAUGUUGCUCACAAGUUGGAAAACUCACCGGCGUCGUGGAUCCAUCGGGUUAUAGUACCGAACCUCCUAUCUCCCACUAGCUAUUCUAGCUCUUCUAUCCGCCCCGAAGAGGUUUUGCAAUUCCUUCACGCGUUAAGGGGAUUAUUAAGGCAGUAUCCUACGAGGCUUACGGCAAUCACAAGUUUGCCGCUUUCGCUUUACCCCCGGACUACGGGACUCACACGUUGGAUGGAGUUACUAAGCGACGGCGUUUUCGAGCUCAUCCCACUCCAAAAUACCGCUGUUCACGUUCCUCCCCCAUCUUCGAAGUCAGACUCUAAGUCCGAUGAACAGACACAAGGUCUUGUGAAGGUCCAUAGUCUGCCAAUUUUCCACGAGAAAGGUGGUGGCUCUUCAGAGAGCUACGCCGCUCACGGGGAUCUAUCGUUCAGCCUAAGUCGGUCAAGGGGUUUAGUGAUCAAACCAUUCUACUUACCUCCUGUUGGCGAAGAUGAACAAGAGCAGAAGAAAUCAGAGUCUAAGAUGGCCUCCUCCACCGCGGGCGACCGCCCUCCCGUGCGCAUAUCCAAGGUCGCGGGGAGGUACCUGCUCUUCGACAUCGACGACGUCAUGCACCUGCGGCGGCGCCACAACAUCUGCGCCGUGUUCGCGGGCACGAUCCCGCAGAACCCGCAGCAGAACAUAUUCAUGGGCCUGCCCGUCGAGCUGAUGCCCGAGGAGGCCCAGGUCCUCGUCGACAAGGGCGUGGGCCACGUCGUCGACGACGCCGUCUUCCACCCGGCCCGCCUCUCCGCCCUCGGCGACGGCGCCCGCCGCCGCUACCUCCAGGCCGUCAAGGCCGAGGGCCGGAUGGCGCAGAUGGCCGCCGCGGAGCUCAAGGAGAGCUCCAGGCCCAAGAAUAUCGUCAAUAAGAAAAAGGCGAGGUCCAAGACUCCGGAAGUUGAAGGAGAAGUUCCGAAUGGACAAGACGAUACGAAAGAGAACGCCGAAGUAGAAGGCGAUGAACCUGACACAGCUCUCUUCGCCCCGCCGUCUCCCAUAUCACCCACCCCUAGACCCUCCAAAGCAGUAGAAGAACCCCCAACCUCUCCCACCCCUCCUCCUCCUCCUCCUUCCUCGCUCCCGUCGUCGACGCCGAUCGACGAGGUCCCGGCCUCGUACCCGCUGUACGCGCACCUGCAGGACCGCGGCUACUACAUGAUGCCUGGCCUGCGCUUCGGCUGCGACUACAACGUGUACCCGGGCGACCCGCUGCGCUUCCACAGCCACUUCCAGGCCGCGAGCCACGGCUGGGACGACCCCGUCGCCGUCCUCGACCUCGUCGCCGGCGGGCGCCUGGGGACGAACGUGAAGAAGGGGUAUCUCGUCGGCGGGGCCGUAGGGGAGGACGAUGGGGGUGAUGGGGAUGAUGGGGAUGGGGAUGUGGGCGCGGGGAGUGGUGGUGGUGAUGGUGUGCGAGAAGACGGGGGGAAAGGGAAGGUGAGGGCUUUCACUAUAGAAUGGGCGGCUAUGUAG